AUGUACAGACACUUUCUAAUCUAUACAGCUCUCCCUACAACAGCCGCUUCUAUCCCUGCCUCCCCAACAUCCUCAACAACCAAGAUCGCCACCUUGAUCUCCCCGGCACCUGACCUCUCUCCCCUCUUCUCUCCCCUCCUCUCUCCCUUCUCUCCCCUCCUCUCUCCCUUCCUCCAUCCCCUCUUAUUUCUCCUCUCCUCUCCUCUCUCCUCUCCCUUUCUCUUCUCUGUCCUGCCGCUCUGUCCUGCCGCUCAGCCAUCCGCUGCUCUCCUUUCGAUUGAACAUUCAUCAGACGAUUCGGACCACAGGUUAGAGAAGGCUAAGAAUGGCGAAGAGGAAAGCGUCGACUUUCUGCUGAUAGAGAAGAUGCGACCUGUUGCAGGUGCUGCCUAUGCAACUGAGAAGCCAGAAGAGGUUAUUCAUGGUGAGGAGACUUUCGAUGUGCGCGAAUUACCCUUUGACACCCUUGGUUAUAGAAUGUCGGUUUCUCUUCCGAACCCUGAGAUUUUCUUGUGCAACUACACUCAUGAGCUGUCGCACUACUCGGACGCACAGCAUGUUCACCUCACCACAAGUUGUCUCGCAGAUAGUUUGUAUAUCCAAUUGCUCAGCUGAGCUAUGGAUUCAAC